AUGGCGGUUGAUGACAUAAAUGCGAAUGAGUUGGUUCUACAGAAUUAUAAUCUUACGUACAACUGGUUUGAUAGCAAAUGCCAUGCUGGAUUAUCCGUAUUCCGGAUGUCAGAGAGAUUAAGCAAGGAUCUGCCGUAUACAAUGGUGCUUGGGGCAGGCUGCUCGGUGGCGUCAGAGUCUACAGCUCAAGUUUCAUACCUUUGGAACCUAACACAACUCUCGUUUGCAUCAACAUCACCAGCGUUGUCUGACAGGAAAAGAUAUCCACGGUUCUUUCGCAUUGGAAUUCCAGAUCAAAAGCUUAAUCCUUCUAAGCUUAGUUUGAUGAGAGAAUUUGACUGGAAAAAGGUCGCAACGAUCAACCAAGCAAGAGAAUUUUUCUCCGCGGUAAUUGACGACUUUGUAAAGAACACAAUCAACACCGACAUUACAAUACUGUCACAGGAAAUAUUUGUGACUAACCCCUACAACAGACUUCUAAAUUUGAAGAAACAAGAUGCGAGGAUUAUUAUUACAGCUAUGUACGAGGACAAGGCGCGUGAAAUGAUCUGUGCGGCUUACAAGAUCGGCUUUUAUGGUCCUAAGAUUGUGUGGAUUUUCAAUGGUUGGUAUACGCCAACAUUUUGGAAAAUAAAUUUAGAAACAGUUGAUUGCACGGAGGUAGAAAUGUCCCUUGUAGUUGAGGGCGCCUUUUUGACAAGUUCUGUAUACUCCAACCCGAUAGAGGAGCGAGGAAUAGCCAACCUGACAGUGUCGGAAUUUUUCAAGUUGUACCGGGAGCAUCCAACGUACACAUCAAGUUUAGAGGACAAUGUUUUCCUGACUCCGUGGUGUUAUGAUCAUGUCUGGGCCGCGGCACUAGCUCUAAACUGCACCGAUGCUACACUGGUCAGUAGUGGACAUUCUAAAACGCUUGACUUGUUUACAUAUACUGACUCUGAUAUCAGUGAUAUGAUAUUCUCUUGUAUGACACGAACGUCACUGACGGGAGUGUCCGGUCGAGUGGUGUUUUCUACAGGUGCUGACCCCGACAGACUUGUGAAAGUUGAGCGUAUUCAAGAUGGUGCCAGGAUUAAGAUAGCUCUGUACAGACAGGACAAGAAUCCUCAGUAUUUUGAAUGGAAUGCGGGUGCCUUGAAAUGGAAAGGCACCUACGUAGAAUCAUUGCGAUGA